AUUCCACGAGAGAAAUUUCGUCAUCUCUGCCUUUCUAUUUCGCUGCUCUUUAGAAGACCGGGCUACCGCUCCAGACUCGAGGAAGACAGAGGGAGAGAGAGAGAGAGAGCCUGUAAGAUUACAGAGAUAGAGCAAUGUCGGGAGGUAUCGCGCGUGGUCGUCUUGCUGAGGAGCGAAAGUCUUGGCGCAAGAAUCAUCCCCAUGGUUUUGUAGCGAAGCCGGAGACUCUGCCUGAUGGGACGGUGAAUUUGAUGGUGUGGCAUUGCACUAUCCCUGGAAAAGUCGGUACUGAUUGGGAGGGUGGUUACUUUCCACUUACACUCCACUUCAGUGAAGAUUAUCCUAGCAAGCCUCCAAAGUGUAAAUUUCCUCAAGGUUUCUUCCAUCCUAAUGUCUACCCUUCUGGAACUGUUUGCCUGUCAAUCCUUAAUGAGGAUAGUGGGUGGAGACCAGCCAUUACUGUGAAGCAAAUUUUGGUGGGUAUCCAGGACCUGCUGGACCAACCAAAUCCUGCUGAUCCUGCACAAACUGAAGGUUAUCAUCUCUUUAUACAGGAUGCUGUGGAGUACAAGAAAAGGGUACGCCAGCAAGCUAAGCAAUACCCUCCUCUUGUCUAAUGUGAAACCUUCUAGACCUAGGAACCGCUGGUUCUUAGUAACCAUUAGUUGCCUGCAAAUGUGUAAUGAUAAACGAGCUUUUGCUGAAAAUUAUUGGCACUUGGUAAUUGCCAGUGGCCCUUUAUGUGUGACUGUGAUUGCAUAGCUGAAUUGGCAUUUCAGCUCUACAGAUUUGGGUUAACCUUUGUUGAUAUGUUACGUUAUACCAGUCAGCCAUUGAACUCGUCGGUGUUUGAUACCGGUUUAAAUCUGACAUUGAACUUUUUAAGUUAUAUAGCAAUUUCUUUGUGUGACAGGAAA